GAACAGGAAGGGGAGGAGCUGUUCUGUGGCUGGCUGCUGAGCUAUCUGCCGACCGCAGAGAAGGGUAAACGGGUGUUCCCCGCGCCACCGGGGCCCGUGGACCUGGACGGGCGGUCUAGUCCGGUCUAGGAAGCCCGGCGAUGCCCCGCCAAGGAGUGUCUCCUAGCCGGGGCCGCCCCAGAGCCGGCGGGGCGUGGAGGCUGGAGAGGUCCUUGCCGGCACCCAGCCUGGGACUCCUUUGGAUGGGGCUGGCGAUGGGGCUGACCCUGUCUGACUCCUUGGUACUCUGGACCCCUGCCAGAGCUCAUCCUCUUCCCACCCAAGGCCAUCUUGCCAAGUUCAAUAGCAUGGUGCCUCCGUUCCAGAGUGCCUUUGGGUGGUGGAACCUCACCUGCCCAGCCUGCAAAGUCCUAUUCACAGCUGUCAACUACGGGCUAAAGAAGGAGACCAAUGUCGCGCGGGUGGGAUCUGCGGCCAUCAAGAUGUGCAAGAUGCUGAACAUAGCACCACCGGAUGUGUGCGAGUCAGCUGUCCAUCUCUUUGAGGACGACAUGGUGGAGGUGUGGAGGCGUUCAGUUCUGAGCCCAUCUGAAGCCUGUGGCUUGCUCCUGGGCUCCACCUGUGGGCACUGGGACAUCUUUUCAUCUUGGAAUGUCUCUUUGCCAGCGGUGCCAAAGCCACCCCCAAAGCCACCUAGCCCACCUGCUCCAGGUGCUCCUGUCAGCCGCGUUCUCUUCCUCACUGACCUGCACUGGGAUCAUGACUACAUGGAGGGCACAGACCCUGAUUGUGCCAAUCCCCUGUGCUGCCGCAAGGGCUCCGGCUGGCCACCCACCUCUCGUCCAGGGGCCGGGUACUGGGGCGAGUACAGCAAAUGUGACCUGCCCCUGCGGACACUGGAGAGCAUGUUGAAAGGGCUGGGCCCUGCUGGCCCUUUUGAAAUGGUGUACUGGACAGGAGACAUCCCCGCCCAUAAUGUCUGGCAGCAGUCUCGUCAGGACCAGCUGAGGGCCCUGACCACUCUCACAGACCUCGUGAGGAAGUACUUGGGGCCUGUGCCAGUGUACCCUGCUGUGGGCAACCAUGAGAGCACACCUGUCAAUGGCUUCCCUCCCCCCUUCAUAAAGGGAAACCAGUCUUCACAGUGGCUCUAUGAAGCCAUGGCCAAGGCAUGGGAGCCCUGGUUACCACCUGACGCCCUUCAUACCCUGAGAAUUGGGGGGUUCUAUGCCCUUACUCCACGCCCCGGCCUCCGCCUCAUUGCUCUCAAUAUGAAUUUUUGUUCCCGUGAGAACUUUUGGCUCUUGAUCAACUCCACAGAUCCUGGUGGACAGCUCCAGUGGCUGGUGGGGGAGCUUCAGGCUGCUGAGGAUCGAGGAGACAAAGUGCAUAUAAUUGGCCACAUUCCCCCAGGGCAUUGCCUGAAGAGCUGGAGCUGGAAUUAUUACCGAAUUGUAGCCAGGUAUGAGAACACUCUGGCUGGCCAGUUCUUUGGCCACACUCACGUGGAUGAGUUUGAGAUUUUCUAUGAUGAGGAGACUUUGAGCCGACCGCUGUCUGUAGCCUUCCUGGGACCCAGUGCCACCACCUAUAUCAACCUUAAUCCUGGUUACCGGGUCUACCAAAUAGAUGGAAACUACUCCGGAAGCUCUCACGUGGUCCUGGACCAUGAGACCUACAUCCUGAACCUGACCCAGGCCAAUGCACCAGGAGCCACACCACACUGGCAGCACCUCUACAGGGCUCGAGAAACCUAUGGGCUUCCAGACGCACUGCCUGCCUCCUGGCACAACCUGGUCUACCGCAUGAGGGAUGAUGUGCAACUCUUCCAGACCUUCUGGUUUCUCUACCAUAAGGGCCACCCGCCCUCGGAGCCCUGUGGCACACCCUGCCGCCUAGCCACUCUGUGUGCCCAGCUCUCAGCCCGAGCAGACAGCCCUACUCUGUGCCGCCACCUGAUGCCCAACGGGAGCCUCCCAGAUGCUCACGGCUCCUGGUCUUGGCCCCUGUUUUGCUAGGGCCUAGAGUGGGGAAAGUUCACGAACUAGGAAAGGAACAAAUCCCUGAGUGCUGCUGAGUCAACCUGGCAAGAAGUUCCAGGGAAGGAGCCAGUUGUCAGGCUAAGGAACAGGCCUCCUCAUCUGGAGCUGGUUUGGCUGGAUUUGGGGGAGUGUUUGGCUGUCCCACCUGUGCCCAGCCUCUGGAUUCCCGCAGGGCUGCUGUCUUCUCAGGCCACAGAGCUGAAGUCUCAAUGCCCUGGGCAGCCUAACAAAAGCUGUUACCCUAGGCCUGUGCUGGGCAGCUGGGAACUUUGAAUUGCUGCUACCUGAUCCUGCCAGGCUGAUUUCAAUAAAGAGACUUGAACUCCA